CGACGCAUUCUCCGCGCCGUCGCGUGCCCUCCCUCGCGGGCGGGCGCCCUCUAUGUCCGGUCAUCUGGGACAUGCUGUCUGAUUGCCUGUCCGCCGAGGGCGAGCGGCGCUGCCGGCAGCUACUAGCCGGGACCACUGCCCGGCUACGCUCGCGGCCCGCGGCGGCCGCGGUACUUGUGCCGCUGUGCCUGGUGCAUGGUGUCCCGGCGCUGCUCUACACGCUGCGCUCCAGCCGCCUGGUCGGGAAGCACCGGGGGGAAGUCAGUUUCCCAGGUGGUAAGUGUGAUCCCGAAGACCAAGAUGUAAUACAUACGGCCCUUCGGGAGACUCAAGAGGAGCUGGGCCUAGAGGUGCCUAAGGAGCAUGUGUGGGGUGCCCUGCAGCCUGUGUAUGACCGGGGAAAGGCAACCAUAGUUCCUGUGCUUGCCAACGUGGGCCCACUGGAUCUGCAGCGCCUCAGGCCCAACCCCGAGGAGGUGGAUGAGGUAUUUGAGCUGUCUCUGGCCCACCUGCUGCAGACACAGAACCAGGGGUAUACCCACUUCUGCCAGGGUGGCCACUUCCGCUACACAAUGCCUGUCGUCUUGCAUGGGCCACACCGUGUCUGGGGCCUCACAGCUGUCAUCACUGAAUUCACCCUGAAGUUGCUGGCCCCGGGCAUCUACCAGCCCUACCUAGCUGUUCCCGAGGCUCCUAGGAGUUGAGGCUUGGCCUUUAAGUUCUGUCACCCUAAGCAUACAUCCAGAGCCAGCAGCAGCAAGGCGAUGUGACACAGCUGUGAGAGGUAAGGACCCCGGAGGGCUGCCUCUAG